CGUUUCGACACCGACGGAUCGACGAUCAUGAAUCUCACAAAUUCUCUUCUUAUCAAAUUCAGAGGUAAUUUUAUCACCAAAUCCUUCCUUCUUCACUCUAAUUUCUCCACAAAUCGAUCCAUGUUUCAUAAAAUCACCAACUUGAAUCAUGCACUCAACCUGUUCGAUGAAAUGUCACAGAGACGCCCUUUGCCAUCUGUUGUCAAAUUCACUCAGUUGUUGCAUCUUGUUACCAAAAUGAAACAUUUUUCUUCUUCCCUUCAUCUUUUCAACCAAAUGUGUUUUCUUGGUGUCCCUGUUAAUGAAUAUUCUAUGAGCAUUGCAAUCAAGUGUUGUUGUCAGUUGAAUCGCACCAACGACGGUUUUGCGGUCCUAGGAAGCUGCUUUAGGCGAGCUAUUCCACCUGAUGUUUACAUAUUUAGUGCACUCUUAGAUGGACUCGUCCUUGAAGAUAGGAUUCUUGAAGCAGAGAUGUUAUUCAAGAAGCUCGUCAAGCAAAAACUUUGUGAACCUAAUGUUGUUAUGUACAACACAAUGAUUAAAGGCCUUUGCAAGUUCGGUAAUAACGUUACAGCAGUUGCUUUGCUCAGGCUGAUGGAGCAAAAAAACUGCAAGCCUGAUAUUGUUACAUAUAACACCGUCAUUGAUAGUCUUUGCAAGGAUAAACUGAUUGAUGAUGCUUUCAAGCUCUUUAAAGAGAUGCUAUUUGAAAAAGGAAUUUUACCAGAUGUCAUUACCUACACCUCUUUAAUUCGUGGCCUUUGUAACUUGGGUCAUUGGGAUGAUGCCUCAAAGCUGCUAAAAGAAAUGGAGGAUGAGAGCAUUUCUCCAGAUGUGCAAACCUUUAAUGUAUUAGUUGAUGCAUUUUGCAAGGAAGGUAAAGUAGAAGAAGCUGAGGCUGUUAUAAACAUCAUGAUUGAGAGAGGUGAGGUUCCAGACAUAGUGACAUAUAGUUCACUUAUAGAUGGUUACUGUCUGCGAGGUGAAAUGAUCAAAGCAAAAAAACUUUUUGAUUCACUGACGCUUAGAGGUCUUGUUCCUAAUGUUGUUACUUACAAUAGUUUGUUGAACGGGUAUUGCAAGAAUCGGAAUAUAGAAGAGGCUAUGCAAAUGUAUUGUGAAAUGGCUGGAAAAGGUUUAAAACCCAAUGUGGUCACUUACAGCACCAUGUUACAAGGAUUGUUUAAGGUUGGGCGUUGUGUAGAUGCACGCAAACUCUUCGAUGAGAUGCAUGCACAAGGCCUAAUUCCAAACCAAUGCACUUUUCGAAUAGUUUUAGAGGGCCUUUGCAACAAUCAUCAAGUAGAAGAGGCGCUCUCUUUGUUUCGCUUGGUGGGUAAUAGCAAGUUUAAUUCUGAUAUUGUUGUGUACAAUAUCCUCAUUGAUGGUGCCGGAAAAUGUGGGAAAUUUCGCAUUGCAAGGAAUCUUUUCCAUGACUUAACUGAUAAAGGCUUGCAACCUGAUGUUCGUACAUAUAACGUGAUGAUCAGUGGUUUUUGUCGGGAAGGUCAAUUGGGGGAAGCAAAGUUGUUGUUUCUUAAAAUGGAAGAGAGUGGGUGCCCGCCAAAUAAUAUUACUUACCGUGUUCUUCUCCAAGGAUGUCUGGCAAACAAGCGUUAUGAUGAUGUGGAGAUGCUUUUACAGGAAAUGGAUGAUAGAGGUUACUCACUUGAUGCUUCAACUUUAUCACUAUUUAUAGAUCACAUCGCAGCUGGUUUACUAGAUAGAAGUAUGCUUAAGCUGUUAGGUAAGCUUGUGCCAAAAGAAUUAUUGAACGAUCCUAGCUUCAAGUAUGGGGAUCAUGAACACAAAUACAUCAUCAGUUUCACCAAACUAACAAUAAUAUUGAACUCAAGUAUUUCACUUAUACUAGCAAGUAUGUGUUCUCUUGGUGUCCCUGUCAAUGAAUAUUCUAUGAGCAUUGCAAUCAAGUGUUGUUGUCAGUUGAAUCGCACCAACGACGGUUUUGCAGUCCUAGGAAGCUGCUUUAGGCGAGCUAUUCCACCUGAUGUUUACAUAUUUAGUGCACUCUUAGACGGACUCGUCCUUGAAGAUAAGAUUCUUGAAGCAGAGAUGUUAUUCAAGAAGCUCGUCAAGCAAAAACUUUGUGAACCUAAUGUUGUUAUGUACAACACAAUGAUUAAAGGCCUUUGCAAGUUUGGUAAUAACGUUACAGCACUUGCUUUGCUCAGGCUGAUGGAGCAAAAAAACUGCAAGCCUGAUAUUGUUACAUAUAACACCAUCAUUGAUAGUCUUUGCAAGGAUAAACUGAUUGAUGAUGCUUUCAAGCUCUUUAAAGAGAUGGUAUUUGAAAAAGGAAUUUUACCAGAUGUCAUUACCUACACCUCUUUAAUUCGUGGCCUUUGUAACUUGGGUCAUUGGGAUGAUGCCUCAAAGCUGCUAAAAGAAAUGGAGGAUGAGAGCAUUUCUCCAGAUGUGCAAACCUUUAAUGUAUUAGUUGAUGCAUUUUGCAAGGAAGGUAAAGUAGAAGAAGCUGAGGCUGUUAUAAACAUCAUGAUUGAGAGAGGUGUGGUUCCAGACAUAGUGACAUAUAGUUCACUUAUAGAUGGUUACUGUCUGCGAGGUGAAAUGAUCAAAGCAAAAAAACUUUUUGAUUCACUGACGCUUAGAGGUCUUGUUCCUAAUGUUGUUACUUACAAUAGUUUGUUGAACGGGUAUUGCAAGAAUCGGAAUAUAGAAGGGGCUAUGCAAAUGCAUUGUGAAAUGGCUGGAAAAGGUUUAAAACCCAAUGUGGUCACUUACAGCACCAUGUUACAAGGAUUGUUUAAGGUUGGGCGUUGUGUAGAUGCACGCAAACUCUUCGAUGAGAUGCAUGCACAAGGCCUAAUUCCAAACCAAUGCACUUUUCGAAUAGUUUUAGAGGGCCUUUGCAACAAUCAUCAAGUAGAAGAGGCGCUCUCUUUGUUUCGCUUGGUGGGUAAUAGCAAGUUUAAUUCUGAUAUUGUUGUGUACAAUAUCCUCAUUGAUGGUGCGGGAAAAUGUGGGAAAUUUCGCAUUGCAAGGAAUCUUUUCCAUGACUUAACUGAUAAAGGCUUGCAACCUGAUGUUCGUACAUAUAACGUGAUGAUCAGUGGUUUUUGUCGGGAUGAUCAAUUGGGGGAAGCAAAGUUGUUGUUUCUUAAAAUGGAAGAGAGUGGGUGCCCGCCAAAUAAUAUUACUUACCGUGUUCUUCUCCAAGGAUGUCUGGCAAACAAGCGUUAUGAUGAUGUAGAGAUGCUUUUAAAGGAAAUGGAUGCAAGAGGUUACUCGCUUGACGCUUCGACUUUAUCGUGGUUAAUAGAUCGUAUCGCAGCUGGUUUACUAGAUAGAAGUAUGCUUAAGUUGUUCGGUAAGCUUGUGCCAAAAGAAUUAUUGAACGAUCCUAGCUUGUGCGACUGGGAGUGA